AUGUCAUUACCCGAAAUCUCCAUCCCCCAAGCGCGCAACAUCGCUGUUGAUGUUACGGGAGCCCAGAUUGUGCAGGAGCAGUCGCCAGCGACGCGAGACUCAAGAGGAAUCUAUCUCCCGCACUACACCGAGCCGGUGUCGCACAUUGCGAUUGACAUCGGAGGAUCACUCGCCAAGGUCGUCUACUUCUCGCGAUCGACCAAGCCGGUUCCGACAACGCCGCCAGAGUCAGGAUGCUCUUCUCCGUUCUUAGCCCCGGCGCAGAUCGUCUCUCCGACAACGCCGAGUGCAGUUCUCCCGAGCCCCGAGCAGUCUAUGCUCCUCGAGUGCCCGACGCCUGAACGAGUGCGACCAAAUGGCGCGCUGACGCCGAGCCUGAUCACGGCGGGGCGCACAUCGCCUCCCCUGAAGCUGCUGAACAAGCGCAAGCUCCGGGGACGGCGAAGAGGGUCGUACGCUGACCCACUGCCGGGCGGAGUCGUCAACUUUGCCCGCUUCGAGACGGAGAAGGUGGACGAGCUGAUCGAGUUCCUCAAGGAGCUUAUCAGCGAGAGCGCCAAGGCGAACCGCGUCAGUCUGGCCAAGAUGAAGUCGAUGGUCAAGGUUAUGGCGACGGGCGGAGGUGCGCACCGGUUCUACGACCAGCUCGUGAAGGAGCUCGGCGUCGAGGUCCGCCGCGAGGAGGAGAUGGAGUGUCUCAUUCUCGGACUCGGCUUUGUCGCGCGCGUCCCCGAGGAAGUCUUUUGGUUCUCCGAGGAACUCGUGUACGCCGUCUCGCACCCCGAGGGCCCGCGGACAAUCCCCGCCAAUGAGCUCCCGCGACCGAGCCCAACACCGCCAGCGUACCAGGUCACGUUCGCGGCACCGGGAGAGGAGCAGCCCGUCUUCCCGUGUCUCGUGGUCAACAUUGGUUCUGGAGUCUCGAUCGUCAAGGUGGACGAGGACGGAUCCUACGAGCGAGUGUCUGGAACCUCGCUCGGAGGCGGAACGCUGUGGGGACUGCUGUCAAUGCUGACGGACGCGAGCACGUUUGACGAGAUGCUGCUGCUCUCGGAGCAGGGCGACAACAGUGCGGUUGACAUGCUCGUUGGCGACAUCUACGGAAGCGACUACAACAAGAUCGGCCUGAAGAGUUCGACCAUCGCCUCGUCCUUCGGCAAGGUGUUCAAGCACGGCGAGCGGCAGAAGCGCUCCUUCAAGCAGGAGGACAUUGCGCGCUCGCUGCUGUACGCGAUUUCGAACAACAUCGGACACAUCGCCUACAUGAACGCAGCCAAGUAUGGGCUGGACCGCGUCUUCUUCUCGGGCUGCUUCAUCCGCGGCCACGCAGCGACGAUCAGCACGCUCUCGUACGCGAUCCGAUUCUGGAGUAAGGGCACGAUGCGCGCGUGCUUCCUCCGGCACGAGGGCUUCCUCGGCAGCAUCGGCGCGUGGAUCAAGAACGUCGAGGAGACCAACUCGGAGCACGGCGAGAGCGGCUCCGAAAAGUCGGAGUGCGAGACGGGCAAUGGCCUCGCGACGAGCCCGACGGGAGCGCGGCCAACGGGUGUCGGAGGCACGAGCCCCGUCAGCUCGGCGCGCUCGACGCCAAAGCCCGAGGACGGAUUCCGCGGCGCUCACACGCCCGCCAGCGCCGCUUCCUCAGGAGCACCGACGCCCAAGCCCAUCCUCACGCCGCAGGGGAGCCAGAACCCCCUGACUACACUCGGAGGCAACAGGUGCACGCCCGGAGGGGCUUGGGCUAACGGCCCGCCCCGGACGCCGCCGCGGACCGCUAGUAGAUAG